AUGAUUCAUAUUUUAUUAAUGUGCAUUUUUUUAUUUAUUGUUGUUGUUGCCAUUUUUUAUUAUUGUUAUGGAAAGUUCAUCUUCAAGAAAAACAACCGUUGCCGUUGCCGUUGCUCUACCAUUAAAGGGGAAUACUGCUCACAUUGUGCCUUUAAUUCCGAUUUCUGGGAAAAGGUACAUAUAGAAAGUCUACAUCUUGGAUACGAUCAUAGACACUAUCGUGACAGACUACAUGGUAUACACUCAUUUGAAAGAUCUAUCCUCGAUGAUGAACAAGUACAACAAAAUCUAAGACUAUACCAUCAACAAACAAAACAACAAUAA